UUUACUUCGGGUUUACUUCCGUCUGAAUCUUAUGAAUGACUGCUACUUCCUUGUGGAACCUUAUAGCUGCUACUAUUUCCAUCUGAGUGAAGUUGGGGAUUUGACAGCUGCUGCUUCAGCUCCUAUAAACCUCGUCUAAAUGGAUUAUACAGCAACUCAAAGCGGGCCCAGACAGCGUAGGUUACAGCCUAGCAUGCGUCUAAGGAACAACCCUGCAGAAAGUCCAGAUGGCAGCCAGCUGUUUGAGGAUACGAGUGGAGCAGGGUCUGGAUCGCAGGCAGGCUUCAGGAAUCCGCAGGCCGGCCCUCAAGCAGCAGGCUUUCCAGGACCGUCCAUCCUGUCGGACCCCAUGUCCAACCUGGCCAUGGCCUAUGGCAGCUCGCUGGCCUCCCAGGGGAGGGAGAUGGUGGACAAGAAUCUGGACAGGUUCAUCCCGAUUUCUAAACUGAAAUACUACUUUGCUGUGGACACGGUGUACGUGGGGAAGAAGCUGGGCCUUCUCGUUUUCCCCUACAUGCACGAGAACUGGGAGGUGAGCUACCAGCAGGACACUCCUGUGGCUCCGCGCUUUGAUGUGAACGCUCCCGAUCUUUACAUUCCCGCCAUGGGCUUCAUCACGUACGUCCUGGUGGCUGGACUGGCCCUCGGCACACAGAACAGGUUUUCUCCGGAGCUGCUGGGAGUCCAGGCCAGCUCAGCGUUGGUGUGGUUGAUCAUGGAAGUCCUGGCGGUCCUACUGUCGCUCUAUCUCGUCACCGUAAACACAGACCUCACCACCAUAGACCUGCUGGCCUUUUCUGGGUACAAAUACGUCGGGAUGAUCGUCGGUGUCGUAGCCGGGCUUUUAUUUGGGAGGCCAGCAUAUUAUCUCUCUUUACUCUGGUGCUGCGCUGCCAUCUUUGUCUUUAUGAUCCGCACUCUGCGUCUGAAGCUGCUGUCGGAGGCGGCGGCGGAGGGCAGGCUGGUGAGGGGAGCCAGGAACCAGCUGAGGAUGUACCUCACCAUGUCUAUAGCAGCGGCGCAGCCCGUCUUCAUGUACUGGCUCACCUACCACCUCGUCAGAUAAGACGCACACAGACAACACCCGUUCAUCCGUGUAGCAGGGGGACGUGGCCGCCGUCUCAACCCACGUUCAAAAAGAAAACCUCUCCGCACACAUAUCAGAGACUGUGAUGCAAUGGACUGCGACAGAAAGCUUACGAGACUCACUCCAUGUUUUCGUGGAGCCGAACAAACAUGCUAGAAGACGAUAUACUGCACGUGAGGCAUUGCUGCCAUCUCUCUCACAGAACAGCCAUGUCAUUAGUGUUGCCUUUGUCUUUUUUUUAUGUAACGUCUUUUCGUAGCGAGGGAGCAGAAGCUUUAAGUUCUUUUCUAUAUUGUGUAAUUACACAGUAAUUAUGUUUUUUUUUUAGCAAUAUUUAUGUACGUUUGUUAAUAAGUAAAAGGUAUUAUAGUCGCAGCUGGUUAAAUAUUUUGUGAGAGGCGUUUCUGAGCCGACAGAAAGAAAGCACACUAACCUCACGCGAACCGUCCGUCUGAUACAAGGACAGAACUGUAAUCCAGGUUUAAAAGUGAUCGGCCGGUUCUGCUCGCACGUUCGACUGGAAUCAACUUUUUUCCCCCUUUUCGUCCUCACGUUUGUUUCAUGGCUGAGAAAUGUGCAGGAAAACAGUCGCCAUUAUGUAUAUAUGGAAAACGAGGGCAAGACCUCUUUUUUUUAUCCAUUUAACAUAUUUGUAUGUGCUUUGUUACCAGUGUGAACUCUGCUGCCUGAUAACUGAACUAAGCUGUAAGCGACAUUAAGGCAGUGAAACGCAAGUCAAUUUUGAUGCCCUUUUUAAAAACUGACUAAAUUAUUUGCUGCUUUUCAUAUUGAAAGUAAGAUGGAAUAAAAGAAAGGGAAUACGGGAUGAUGGUUGACUCUGUGAAAAACUGUUUGAUUCCUGUUGGGACACUUGAAGUAAUUUAAUGCUUUAAUGUGCUUGUGAAUAUACCAAUGCCACUAUCAAACAUGCUGUAGUAUGUAGCCGAUGUUAACUCGUACUAUUUCAGACCAGGGUAAUGAUUUCAGGAAAUUGAACAUAAUUUCAGGAUUUUCUCUUAUUUUCCUGAAACUUUUUAAUGGCUGUCGAAUGAUAAACUGCAAACACACCAUUCGAAUGACAUGACUGAUAAUAAAGUGAGCCUUGAAGUUACAUGUGAACUUUCUAAGCUACUCCGUGGGCUUUGUUUUAGCUUUUUAAAUUGAUGUCAAUAAAAGGUUUAAAGGUUAAAUAUGUAA